AGUAUCUGUACCCGUCCAAAGCCAAGGCGAGGUUCCGAGCGAACAGACCACAUAAUAUUAUUAAACCUUUCAAAAUUCAAAUCAUCAUUUGAAAUCCAUGGCAACGAAGCGGUAAACUCUAGAAACAUGUUGCUCUAACUCCAAGGAACAAAACCCACAAAGCCCGACUUUGUCUUCCACCCCAUGACAUUUCCCGGGCUCAGACAACCCAGGAACCCUUCCGCCGCGUUGCCGCAAACUGUGCCGUUGCCCAACCCAUUACAACAUUCUCAGCCAUGUCGUAUACAAAACUUUUCUUUAGACUCGGUGACCUAUACAAAACUGGUCCAGUUAUCUAUCAAAUCCUGGUCUCCUAUUCAUGGGAAGCUUGUUCAUGCCCACAUGAUCAAAAGUGCUUUUAAACCAUGUCUGUUUCUGCUGAAUAAUCUUCUCCAUAUGUAUUGUAAAUGUGGUGACAUAAACACGGCUCGUCAGUUGUUCGAUAAAAUGCCAAAACGCAAUGUUAUUUCUCAUAAUUCUCUGAUUUCUGGUUAUACACAGAUGGGUUUUUAUGAUAAGGCCAUAGGAGUGUUUAAUGCAGCAAGGGUUGCUGGUUUGAUACUUGAUAAGUUCACCUUUGCAGGUGCUCUAAAUGCGUGUGGUCAAACUGGGGAUCUUGAGUUGGGUAAGCUGAUUCAGGGGUCAGUUAUCGUGAGUGGAUUGGGUGCUAAAGUGUUUGUAACCAAUUCGCUCAUUGAUAUGUACUCAAAAUGUGGUGAGGUUAAUAGGGCCAGGCUUUUGUUCGAGAGUUCUGAUGACUUGGAUGAAGUUUCUUGGAAUUCAAUGAUUGCUGGGUUUGUCAGAAUUGGUGCCAAUGAGGAAAUGUUGAAACUUCUAGGAAAAAUGCACCGAUCUGGGUUGAAAUUGAAUACUUAUACACUGGGAAGUGUCCUAAAGGCUUGUUGCACACAUUUUAUGGAUUCAAAACAUUACGGAAAAGCACUUCAUGCCUGCUCAGUCAAACUUGGGCUGGAUUCAGAUGAUGUUGUUGCUACUGGAUUACUUGUUAUGUAUGCAAAGAGUGGUGGUUUGGUUGAUGCAAUCCAAAUUUUCAAACUGAUGCCCAACCAAAGCGUCAUCAUCUAUAAUGCCAUGAUCGCUGGAUUCCUCCAAGAUGAUACCAUUUAUGAUGAAUAUGCAAAUGAAGCUUUCAAUCUUUUCUCUGAGAUGCAAAGACAAGGAAUGAAGCCUUCAAAGUUUACAUUCUCAAGCAUGCUCAAAGCUUGUAAUGGUGUUGAAGCUUUUGAGUAUGGAAAGCAAAUUCAAGCUCAAAUUUGCAAGAGGAAUCUUCAGUCUGACGAGUUCAUUGGAAGUGCGCUUAUUGAUUUGUACUUUUUGUUGGGUUCAGUUGAGGAUGGAGUCAAAUGUUUUACUUCAACUCCUAAGCAAGAUAUUGUCUCAUGGACAUCUAUGAUCACAGGUUAUAUUCAGAAUGGGCAUUUUGGAAGUGCUUUGGCUUUGUUCUAUGAACUGCUCUCUUCUGGAAGGAAACCAGAUGAGUUCAUAAUAUCAAGUGUAUUGGGUGCUUGUGCCAAUUCGGCGACACCAAGAUCUGGACAGCAGAUUCAGGGAUAUGCAAUAAAAACGGGUAUUGGGAAUUUUACUGUUACUCAAAAUUCACAAAUUUGCAUGUAUGCAAAGUCUGGAGAUAUCAAUUCUGCUAAUCUGACCUUUGAAGAGAUGGAGAAUCCGGAUGUGGUAUCCUGGUCUGUGAUGAUCAGUAGCAAUGCGCAACAUGGAUGUGCAAGAAUAGCUUUUAGGCUUUUUGAGUUGAUGAAGGAUUGUGGAAUUGAACCAAACCACAUUACAUUCCUUGGAGUUCUAACUGCUUGUAGUCAUGGGGGUUGUGUUGAAGAAGGAUUACGAUACUUUGAGAGCAUGAAGAAAGAUUACGGCAUGACAGCUAAUGUAAAGCACUGUGCCUGCAUUGUUGACCUCCUGGGUCGUGCUGGGAAGUUAGCUGAUGCGGAAAGUUUCAUUCUGAACUCAGGCUUUGAGGAAGAUCCAGUGAUGUGGCGAGCCUUGUUGGGUGCUUGCAGGGUUUACAUGGACACUGUCACUGGCAAACGUGUUGCAGAGAGAGUAAUUGAGCUUGAACCUUGGGCCUCUGCAUCUUAUGUGCUUCUUUACAACAUCUACAAUGAUGCAGGGAUAGAACUACAUGCUACAAAAAUUAGGGAAUUGAUGAAAGUUCGAGGAGUAAAGAAGGAACCUGGUCUAAGUUGGAUUGAGGUAGGGAACAAAGUUCAUUCUUUUUUGGCAGGUGAUCGAUCUCACCCAAUGAGUCAAGCAAUAUAUGCAAAAUUAGAGGAGAUGUUGGGGAGGUUAGACAAAAUAGAUCGUAUAGAAGAGAAGCCUAUUUCUAGUAUCUCUGAACCCAAACUCAAAGUUAGCACAGUGGUGAACUACCACAGUGAAAAGUUAGCUGUGACUUUUGGGAUUAUCAAUCUGCCAGCAUCAGCUCCUGUGAGGGUGAUGAAGAACUUGAGAGUCUGCCGAGAUUGCCAUAUAAUGAUGAAGCUCUUCUCGAAGCUGGAAAAGAGAGAGAUAAUUCUUCGAGACCCAAUUCGCUUCCAUCAUUUUAGAGAAGGUUCUUGCUCUUGUGGGGAUUACUGGUAGUUUCAAUAAGAGUAAAUUACUUGGUUUAGUGAUCCUAGGUAUGAUCUGUUCCAGCCUCAAAUUCAGGGAUGCAGAAGCAUCGCUGUUCUGCAGAUUUGGAUUUGAUGAGGUAGACAUCUAAUUGUGAAGCAGGUAAAGGGGUAAGACUUGGGAAAUGGAAGCUAAAAAGGACAGCCAAACUCCAAAUAAUCAACUAUGUCAAGAAUCAAACUGAUCAUAAAGAGUCAGUGGGCAUCCAAGCCAAAUUGUCUCAUUCUACUACCAAUCAGAAGAAAAAAAAUUGUCCCAUUCCAGUGACUUUAUGACUAGAAGAUUGUCAAAGCCAAAUGAUGUUGAUGCAUCACCAAAUGGAAGCACCAAGGCAAGCUAAGUGGAAUCAUUAAUCAGUUGGACAGAUGAGUUAACUGAUCUUAUGGAGCUCUUGUGAUCAAGUGAAGAAGCUGGCCGAGGUAAACAAGAUGCCAAUUGAGAGCCACCAAGGGGCCGUGCUGGUUGUAGUUGAAGCUGCAGCAUCAGCAACUGGCUCAGGCUGCGCCUCAGAGACCUGGCUGGGCUCAGCAGUAAAGUC